CGAGACGACGGAACGAAACAGAUCAACACCGCACCUCACCGCAAGAAGAAGUGUGCCGGCCUCCACAAACAAGGGCGGAGACGGUGCAGAGAGACUUCUUUUUGUUCGAAACCAAUCGAAUCUUGAAUGGGUUCUGUUCGGUAACGAGCAGGUAAGAGUAGUGUGUCACUAGAAACAGGAUACGAUACGAUAAAAUACGAUACGAUACCAUACGAUACGAUAAAAUACGAUACGAUACAAACCCAAACGCCACUAUGGAAGAAGAAGAGGCGCCCGUGAUCCCCCGGAGGCGGAGCAAGGCCCUCAAGAAGAAAUCCAGCAAAAAGGCCUCCGGAGAAAUGACCGACUCGGGCAGGAGCGAACGAAAACUGCUGAAGCAACAAUCCAAGAGAAUCUCGUCGAAAAAACUCGCAAAGGAAACUUUUCUCGAUGACCGAAGCACCGAAGAGCCUCCCAAAAAGUCCAAGAAGAAGAAAAAGAACACGGGGGACGACAACGAAGACGAACAAGAUGCCGAGCAGCGGCCCUCUCUCAAAAAGUCCAAGAAGAAAAAGAGCAGCAGGAGCAGCCUGGCGGGGGGAGAGAGCAGCCGCAACCUCAAGUCGAAAAAGAAGACCGGGAGCAGCAGCCGAAACCUCCUGGGCGGCGAGCCUUCCCCGGACGCUCCCAAAAAGAGCAAGAAGAAGACCAGGAGCAGCAAGUACACCGCGCUCCUCGAGGACGUGGAGGAAGACGACGAAGGAAGCGGCGGCGGAUACGAACCCACGGCCCCACCGGGGACUCUCCAGCAGCAGCAGCAGCAGCAAGGGUCACCGCCGGAGGAGGACGCCCCCCGGUCCGCCAUGGAACUGGUCGAGAGCGCCCUCGUGGGGUGCGUCGUUGCGGAAAAACCCGUCGACCGCGAGGCGGAAGAGCACGAGCGCGAGCAGCAGCGGAGGAUCCAGGAGGAAGCCGCCAGCCGGGCGGCCGCCGGUGGAAGAACCUCCUUCGAUCCCGAUGCCUCCAUGGGGUCUUUCGUGCCGGCAUCCUCCCCCGGCAAAGGGUCCGCCCGCUCCUCGCUGUCCGGGAGCUCCUCCAUGCGGUUCGAUCCCUCCGCCUCGUCCGAUUCGAUGCGCUUUGGCCCCGGCGACCACGACAACGACAACUCGGUCUCGUCCUUUGUCGGGAACAACGUCUCCCGGUCGGAGGGGGGCUCGGAGCGGGACGUUUCGACCACCUUUCGCCGCAAGCCCAAGCUACCGGGCGGCAAGAAAAAGGCCCGGGAGAGCGCCAAGAGCCUCAUGGGCAGCCUGAGGGGGGGCCAGGGCGUCCCGUUCUGGCAAAGCAGCCGAACCCUCUCGCGUCCCACGUUUUCGUCGGACGAAGACGAGGCCUUUGUGGUCGACGGCGACGGCGACUACGGAAGCGGGCACCGUCGCGAGAGCGGGUUUUCCGGGGACCGGCGCAGCCUGCUGGCAAGGGGAAGCCUCCCGCCCCCCCCCGCUCCCGGGCCGCCGCUGGUCGAAGGGGCCGCCCCCCCUUUGGAGGAAGACGAGAGGGAACGAGCCGCCGAUCCUUCCUAUCCCUUUCCCGCCUUUGGGGUCACCCUCAAGAAGAGCACCAGGGACCUCACCAGGGGACCGCCUUCCCCCCCGGGUCCCUUUGGCGUGAGGCUCAAGAAGAGCGACAGGCACCUGGUCAAGGAGGAAGAACCCCCGUCGGGUCCCUUUGGCGUCACGCUGAAAAGGAGCAAGAGGCACCUGACUGACGAGGAAGAAACCUCUCAUACCACAGAACUCGAGACAACCACUAGGCCUUCAUUUGGUGGUGUUGUGUUGAAGAGUAGCAAGAGAGACCUGACCAAGGAAGAAAAAUCCUCUCCCACUCCAGAACCAGAGGCAACAGCGACGCCUUCGUUUGGUGGCGUUGUGUUGAAGAAUAGCAAGAGGGACCUGACCGAGGAGGAGGAAGAAACCUCUCCUACUCCAGAACUCGAGACAACCACUAGGCCUUCGUUUGGUGAUAUUGUAUUGAAGAAUAGCAAGAGAGACCUAACCAAGGAGGAGGAUGAAACAUCUCCCACUCCAGAACCAGAGGAGGAGGACGAAACAUCUCCCACUCCAGAACCGGAGGCAACAGCGAGGCCUUCGUUUGGUGGCGUUGUGUUGAAGAAUAGCAAGAGGAACUUGACGGAAGAGGAGGACGAAACCUCUCCAACUCCAGAACCAGAGACGGUAGCUAGGCCAGCUUUUGGUAUUGUUCUGAAGAAUAGCAAGAGGGACCUAACCAAGGAGGAGGAUGAAACAUCUCCCACUCCAGAACCAGAGACAACGGCGAGGCCUUCGUUUGGUGGCGUUGUGUUGAAGAAUAGCAAGAGGGAUCUAACCAAGGAGGACGAAACCUCUCCCACUUCAGAACCAGAGACGGUGGCUAGGCCAGCUUUUGGUAUUGUUCUGAAGAAGAGCAACCGAGACCUAACCAAGUUGGACGAAUCUCCUCCAGAGGCAGAGUUUGAAUCGGCACAAAAGGAAACGGUUGACGACGGUGAGGAUUUGCCGGAAGCUCCUACCACUCCGGAAGCAGAGACGACCGCUAGGCCUUCGUUUGGUGUCGUGCUGAAGAAGAGCAACAGAGAUCUAACCAAGGAAGAAUCUCCCCCGAAGCCUCAAUCGGAAGUGGCUCAGAAGGCUGACGAAGCGGCAACCGUUGAAGUGAAGCAUACUGCUAGAAAACAGGAGGAACCUGUAUGGGCUCAGAAGAGAAGAGAAAGCCUGAAAAGUCAGUCUCAACCAGAGCAGUCGGCUGCGGUCGACAAGGAGGAGGGUUCUGUGAGGUCGAGAAAGAAGGAACCAGAAUGGGUCCAAAAACGAAGAAAUAGUUUGGAGAGUCAGUCGCAACCGGAGCAGUCGGCUGCGUUCGACAAGGACGAGGGCUCGGUCAGGUCGAGAAAACAAGAACCAGAAUGGGUCCAAAAGCGAAGAGAAAGUUUGGCGAGUCAGUCUCAACCAGAUAGGGCAGAAGAAGUGGACGAGGAGGGUUCUAUGAGAUCGCGGAAUCAAGAACCGGAAUGGCUCCACAAGCGAAAAGAAACCCAGAAGAGUGAUGCAUCUAUGCAAGAAGGUGACUCAUUGUCAAAUAAUAAGACGAUCGACGGGAAUAUUCCAUCCAAAUCACCCUGGUCAGUAAUAAAGAAAAAUCUAAAAUCAGUCAAGGCGCUGGAUGCUACAAACCCACUGACAGGACCAUCACAAUCUGACAAGGGAGAAAAUGACCCGUUGGGAAGCGAAAUGAGGAAAAAAGAGUCGCCACAGCCUGAAGCAGUGGAUUCGUCGGCGAAGAAGAAGAACAGUGAGGAGGAAAUUCCAUCCAAAUCUCCCUGGUUAGCGGUGAAGAAAUCUCUGAAAUCAUUGAAGGAUCUGGAUGCGAUACACCCUAUUACUGAACCACCGGAACCACCUGCCACUCAGGUCGCAAGCAGAUCAAAGGGGUCACAGACUGGAGUUGCAGACUCGUUGCUUACAAAGAAGAACGUUGAGGAGGACGUUCCAUCUAAGUCACCAUGGUUGGCUGUCAAAAAAUCUCUGAAAUCAACAAAGGAACUGGAUGCAAUAUUCCCGCUCACCGAACCGCCAUUUUCAUCUGCAGCGCAAGAUGAACUUGUUGUGAGCAAGUCGAUGAAACCAAACGAAUCGCUAGGGGGUACUGGAGAAGUCGAUUCUUUAUUAGGAGAGAAAGACAUCGCAAAAGAGAUUUCGCCCAAAUCACCUUGGUUAACGGUGAAAAAAUCGCUUAAAUCAGUGAGGGAACUGACUGCGAUACAUUCGCUUACAGAACCACCAGACCUAUUGACUGAGAAAAAUGACCGGGUUGUCAACGAACCAAUGAAGAGAAAAGAGUUUUCAGAUGACUCUGGAGAAGCCGACUCAUUAUCAGUGAAGAAGAAUAUUGAGGAGGAUACUCCAUCCAAAUCACCUUGGUCAGCUGUAAAGAAGUCCCUGAAAUCAUUGAAGGAACUGGAUGCGAUACAACCCCUCAAAGAACCACCAGAGAAGAAAGUAACGAAACAAAAGCAGCCUUUUGGAGCGGAAGUAGAAGGGUCAUUACUAGCGACAAACGACAUUGAAGAAGAUAUUCCACCCAAGUCACCCUGGUUGGUAAUCAAGAAAUCUCUGAAAUCAGUGAAGACUAUGGAUGCCCAGCACCCGAUCACCGAACCACGACUACUGGAUUCCAAGAAUGGCGAUGACUUUGUAGCGAAGAAAGCAAUGAAAGAAGAACAGCCUUCGGGAGCGGAAGCAGCAGAUUCAUUAUCACCAAAGACAAACAUCGCAGAAGAUAUUCCGCCAACCCCCAAACCGUCCCCCUGGUUAGCUAUCAAGAAAUCUUUGAAGUCGUCGAAGUCAUUGGAUGGUAGACAAUCGAAGAUGGCUUUGCCAAUGUCGGUUAUCGAAAAUGGCGCUGCAAGCCAACCAACGAAGCCAAAAGAGCCACCCGGGCUGCGGCCCUUGCACAGCAGUCGGCCAGGAAAAUCGCUAUGGGCACAAAAGAAAAAGGAUAUGACUGGAGCUUCCUUAAAGGAUAACCAAAGCUAUCAAUCAAUGAGAAUUGUUGAUGCCACGUCAAGUCGAACUGGUGCACACGAAGAGGGGACAGAUGCUAUGCAUGAAUCUGCUCCAGUUUUAAGCACAGAAAUGUCUGACUCUCCUCAAGAGGACGGAUCCAUUGCAAAUCUUUCCACCACAAGCAGUCGAUCGGGAUUAGCAUCUUCGCUGUAUUCCUCUACUUCAGCUUCCCUAAGGAGUGUGGGGGCACCACUUGAAAAUAAAUGGAAGGCAUCAAAACCCAUCGAUGAUGACACUGAAACAAUGCAAGAUGCUGGAAAUAAUGCGAUGUACACUUCAGUGAAACUCAAGAAGGUGAAGCCCGUCGUCGAAGAGGGUGUGGAGGAUGACACCUCUAUGGCUGAAGAUAACUCACUUUUAAAUAUAAGCAGUCGUCCAUCUUUGGCAUCAUCUCUUUAUUCCGCCGCUUCAGCUUCCCUCAGGAGUGUAGGGACACCAGUUGAAAAUAAAUGGAAGGCAUCGAAGUCAGAAUUAGAUGAAGAUGACGAAAUGCAAGAUUCUAGAAAGAAUUUGAUGUAUACAUCAGUGAGACUGAAGAAGGUCAAGGCUGCCGCUCCUAUCAUUGAAGAGGAGGAGGACGACGGAGAUGACAAUAUUGAAUCCUCAGAAGAAAAUUCUCCUUCAACCGAAGCAUCUACCGGGAGUACAAAACAUAACAUUAUCACUGAAAUUUCUGACGAAAAAUCACCCCAGGAUAAGGUACAACGAAACGAGGUAGAGCCCUCUGUUGGAGACGACACUAAAGCCGAUACAUUGGAAAUUCUUAAUGAAAAACCACCGCAUCCCGAGGUACAAGUUGAUGAGGUCGAGGCUUCCAGUGAAGACGAUGUGAAAAAUGUUGAUGCGGAAGCUACUGAGAACAAUUCAGCUCAUACUGAGGUGCAGCUCGACGAGAUCAAGCCUUCUAUUGAAGACGAUGCGCACAAUGACAACUCUCAGGCUCCUGGAGUCAAUUUGCUUUAUACUGCAGUCAAACUGAAAAAGGUCAAACCCACGCCCACCACUUUAGACGAAGAACUGACAAAGAAUCGCCCCUCUUUGGCGUCAUCUCUUUAUUCUUCGGCUUCGGCUUCCCUUAGAAGUGUGGGUGCACCGCCUGAAAAUAAAUGGAAGGCAUCAAAAUCCAACGAAGAUGAAGAUGAUCCUACGCAAGACCCCAGCAAAAACUCGAUGUACACUUCAGUGAGACUCAAGAAAGUUCAGCCUGUUGCGCCUGUCAUUGAAGAAGAUGCGCAAUAUGAUCCCUCUGAAACUUCCGAAGAACAUUCACUCUAUACCAGUGUGCAGCUCAAAAAGGUCGGGUCGACCCCUGACGACGAGGAAUCUCCAACAAGUCGUCCCUCCUUGGCGUCAUCCCUAUAUUCUUCGGCUUCUGCUUCGCUAAGAAACAUAGGGACACCUGUUGAACACAAAUGGAAGGAAUCUAAAACCAUCGGCUUAAUCGAAGAAGAUGAUGUGGGAAAAUUAUACUCCAGUCAGCAUCAGCUCCUCCGUUCAGUCGCGCCACCGGUUGAAGAGAAAUCGAUAGCGACAGAUAAUGAAGACGCUGAAUUACAUGUAAGCGAACUGCAAGUUACUAAUCGGAAAAUACUCAUGCUGAUCUCAACAGUGUCUGGAAGUCAAGAGCAGAAAACAGCACAAGACCGGGCCCUAACGAUACUGAAAGGUAUGCACAUAAGCCCCGAGCAACUGGAACAGGUGGAUGGGGCCGACCCUGCAAACCUUGAACGUCGAAAUGAAUUGUUCGCUGUAAGCGGAAUACGGGCAAAAUAUCCUCAGUUUUUUGUAGUCAAUGCCAAUGAUAAAAUCGAGUAUUUAGCUGACUGGGAAUCUUUCGAAAUGAUGAACGAAGUAGGCAGUUUGUCGGAGUCGAUGAACUUGGAUGUCAGUUUGAGCGAUGCUUCUCCUCUGGGAAAAGAAGAUGAUAUUGCAGACGAUCUUAAUUCAGAGAACAUUGAUAGAGAAGGUGAUGUCGAAAAUUAUGGUCGAAAUGUUGAUUCUGAGAACGAAGCCGAAGUCAAAGAUGUUGAAGAUGGUGAAUCGGCCUUAGAUAAAGAUGAUACGGGCACAUCUUCGGUGAGUACUGGUAUCAAAGAGGAGACAAAUCUGACACAAGAUUUCGAGGGCGGUGAUGACGAGGUCAAGAAUGAGGUGCAGAGUGUGAUAGCUCCAACUUCAGAAUGCCAAGACGAAGGUGAGAAGCCCGAGAACUCAGUGAGUGAAACCAAAGCAUUCGAAGAGGAUGGUUCAGUUAGAGAUUCAGAUUCUGAAAAAGAAAUUGAGAAGGGUGUCGUAGAAAACCUGGCACCAGAUUCUGAGGAUGAAGAUGAGAUUGAAAAUGUCCAGUCAGUUGCUUCUGUAAACUCACAAAUAGAGAAAGAUAAUUUGAGGACAGCGGAAUAUCCUAUCACAGAGACCGAAGUAUCUUCAGAUAGUGCUGAAGAAAGAAUUGAAGCUGAGAACAAUGAAUCAGAAUCUGGUAAAAUCAUCAAAAGUAGUGAUGACAAUAUCGAAAAUGAAGAUUCAAACGUUGGUAAUGUUGAAGCGGAUGGUGAGGAAACGGCGGAUCAAGAAAGUCACGUUUCAGAAACGAAUAACAAACCUCAAGUCGAAGAGAAUCAUCUCGAAGAGGAAUCAACGGCACCGGAUGUUGUUGCAGAGUAUAAUUCAGGUAGAUCGGAAGAUAGUUCCGAGGAAGCAUUGCCACCUAGGGAUACAGAAGCCACAAACGUUAUAGACGAGACGCAAGAGGAAGAAGAAUCUUCAGCACUUGCAAAUCCCAAAGACAUCGAUAUCGUGAUCGAUGGAGAUGAAGACCCUGCCGGAUCUACAGGCGUCAGUGUUGAACCCACGGAACCUGACGAAGAUGAUGAAUUGAGUCCAGCAAAAUACCUUCAAGACGGAAACGAAGAGACAGAUCCGGUUGAAGAGGUAUCACCUCAUCCUGUAGUCGAUGCCCAAGGUGAGGAGAAACAAAGUACAGACAUGAAACCGGAAAGGAAGAACAGCGAAAUCGUUUUCGGGGACACUUCAGAUGAUCCGAUCUCUCCUGUGGAUACCGAUAACAACGAUAUAGGUACAAAUGUCGAGGAACAAGAUUCGAAAGGCGGCGAUCAAGCUGAAGAGGACAAUGGAGCAGAACAUGAUGACAGUGUAGCGGACAAUCCACAUGUAGAGUCCAUAAAUGAAGCGACUGAGGAGAUAUUAUCCACGGAACAAAAUGCCGAAGAUGAAAACAUAGCAGAUCCACCCUCGGAAUCAUCGCCGGGACCGAAAGAAGUUGAAACCUAUCAUAUAGAAACUUUAGAGGUAGAAUCUGAACAAAGAUCCUAUGAAAGUACCGCUGGUGACACGAAAGAUGCAAUUGACGUGCCAGAAGAGGAAGAUGAUACCGAAAUAGUAGCUAUUCAGGAACAAGAGGAUACCAAAGACAACGAAACAUUUAUAGAUGAAAAUUUGAAGCAGAAUCGAGCUGAUACUUCAGAAGCCACAACUUCGAAUCGUAAUGAUGAUGAUCAUGAAAAGGAUGGCAAAGGAGACGACAAUUCCGCCAGUAAAGAUCAAAUCCUCAGCGAGAACGAAGGUUCAACUCCCGUUGAAGAUGAAGUAGAGGCCGACAAUAUAGAAGAGACUGAGGAUUUUGGUUCCCCGUCAAAUAAAGAGAGCGAAGUUGACACACAUGGUGAUGGUAUGGAACCACAAGCAAAAACUGAAGAUGAAGAUCGUGCGACCGAAGAUGUGGGAUUCAGAGAUAGUUUUGUUCAAGAAACGGGUGUGCUUUCGGAAUUUCUUGGUGGUAAGAAUGACAGAUCGGUUUUAUUGCGAUGUGAAUUAGAGCGUUGUAGGCUCGUACUAUGAGUAUUUCUAGAAUCAUAUUUCUCACGAGCCAAUUACAUAUCACCGUGCGCACUUCAAUCCGUUUCAAUCCAAUCCGCUCCGUUUCAUCUAAUCGAAUCACAGAAGAAACUCCUAGCAAAGGCGAUGAAAAAUGCGAUGGCGAAGAGGAGGAGGAGAAGGACGAAGAGCAGAAAGAGGAGGAGGAGCAGAAUAAGGAGCAGAAGGAUCAGGAUCAGAAGCAGAACGAGGAAGAGCAGAAGGACGAGGAGCAGAAGGAUCAGGAUCAGGAUGAGAAGCUGAAGGACGAAGAGCAGAAGGGCGAGGAUCAAGAGCAGAAGGAACAGGAGCGCGAGGAAGAUGAUAAAUUCACCUCCGACCUCGAGCUACAAAAGGCUUCUUUUGCCUCGAAAAAUAGCAACCACCAACCAACAAUGAUGCGGUAUAGCGAUGAUUCCGAGGAAGAGGCAUCAGACGGAGGAUGGUCGGAUGACGACUCUGCUACGAUCAAGUCCGAAUACACCGAGUUGUCCUACGCUACAUUUGGCAGUGCUGUUGUCUUCGAUGGAAGAGCCAUGACGUCGAAAGAUGAGGGUACCAAAAAACUUUCUGAACUGGUGACAGCAGCAGCACAAGAACACCAAAACCCAACACCGCCAAAACCAAAGGCUAAGCCUGUUGCGCAGCCAUUGACAACCACAGCAUCGAAAAAGAACAACAACCAAGAUAUUUUGUUCACGCCCAUGGCAUCAGACAAUAAGGCCGGAGAUGACAAAUCUGCAGCAAACGAGAAGGAAAAGGAUAAGAAAAAAAAGAAAUCCAAAAAGGAAGCCAAAGAACCGCCGCCGUCUCUACCGGAAGGGAAUGACGAUAUAGCGAUCGACGUAGAUGAUCCUCCCGCGAUGAAAAAGGAAAAGAAAAAGGACAAGGCAAGAAAUAGCAUUCAAGAAGAUAUCGUCUUGGACUUUGGCGAACAAGACACAAAAAACGAGACGCCAUCUCAGGAGUCUGUUGGGAAUUCAGAAGCAGAUGAGACCCAAAGCCAAUCAAAAAAGAAGAAAAAGAAGAAAUCAAAGGAGGAAAAAGAGAACAAGAAGAAUAAGAGAAAGUCGGCUGCCGAAUCUUCGAAGCAAGUACAGGAACCGGGUCCUUCUGAAUCGGAGCUGAGGGAAAAAAUGAUCAAAGACACGGUUAAACAACUGAUCGAGGAUUCCAACAAGUACGAACUGAGGCCCGAAAAACCCUUCGACGACGAUUCUGCCGAGUGCCUGCUCAAGGCCGCCCUGAAGAUAUGCCAUCUCAAGAAAUUCUACGAUACGACCAAGGACAAGAUCGUCUACUUUCCGUCGCCCGUGCACGCGUGUUUCGACUACCGUCUCAUGGAGGCCGCCGAGGAAUUUUACGAAGAAGAAUACCCAUCGGACCUCUGCCGCGCGCUGAGAAACGUUGCCUUUGGCAUGAUCGAGAAAGAGGCUGACGACGACUACGACGAGGAAUACAUGGCGCUCGUUGCCACGGACGUAGAGAUUUGAUCUCAAGAUCGUUCGUACUCUUUUUGCAGUGUAAUUUAGUGAAUCUUUUUUAGCAAUACGCAUCUAUGCGUUGAAUAAGAAAAAAUGUUAUUUAUA